UUGAGGAGGAGCCGCGGGGACGCGCUUGAGGAGGAGCCGCGGGGACGCGCGCCUGAGCGAGCCAGUGCCGGCUGGGCUGCGGAUGUUAGUUGGUCUGUUGUAAAAGUGACAACAGCUCACCCAUGGGAGGUUGUGUGGGCUCUCACCAUGACUCCUCGGGCAGCUUGAACGAGAAUUCCGACGGCACAGGAGUGGCUUUGGGUCGCAAUCAGCCUCUGAAAAAAAAAGAGAAACCAAAAUGGAAAAGUGAUUAUCCAAUGACAGAUGGACAGUUGCGUAGUAAGAGAGAUGAAUUUUGGGACACAGCACCUGCUUUUGAAGGUCGGAAGGAGAUUUGGGAUGCCCUCAAGGCUGCAGCACAUGCUUUUGAAAGUAAUGAUCAUGAACUCGCUCAGGCAAUCAUUGAUGGUGCAAGUAUCACGCUACCACAUGGAGUCCUCACAGAAUGUUAUGAUGAACUUGGGAAUAGGUAUCAACUUCCAGUUUACUGCCUUGCACCUCCAAUCAAUAUGAUUGAAGAGAAAAGUGACUUGGAGACUCUGGACAUCCCAGAACCCUCACCAAACACUGGACAAGAAUGUCAGCUGCGGCUGCGGCUCUCCACAGGCAAAGACCUGAAGCUUCUUGUCCGCAGUACUGAUACAGUCUAUCACAUGAAACGACGUUUGCACACAACGGAGGGAGUAGAGCCCUCCAGCCAGAGAUGGUUCUUUUCUGGCCGACCGCUGACAGACAAAAUGAAAUUGGAGGAGCUGAAAAUCCCCAAGGACUAUGUGGUGCAGGUCAUCAUCAGCCAGCCUUUGCAGACUCCUACCCCUGUGGAAAAUUGACUCCUUUUGAAUCUUUUUAGACUAUUAUUCCUUUCUACGCAAGAACUUUCACUUAAUGUUACCUGCAGUCCCAUCCGUGAUGAGGACUUCCAGAACGGUGUUCCUAUUCCUGCUGUUCUACUUAAGUGUUGAGCACAGCAGUUUAUACCAAGAAAGCAACUCAGGAGAGGCUCCAGUUCAUUCAUAUCGUUCCAGGAUUUGUUUUCUUAUGAGAAGACUUUGUUGAUGCACAUCCAACCCAGAUAGAUUUCUUUCCAUAAAUGGGCUGCAAAUGUGUGGCCACCAUUUUAUGCAUUACAUAGCUGCAAAGUUACUUUUUAAAUCGUAAGUAGCAGUUUUUAAAUGGUGGACACAUACUGUCAAAUCAUAAUACACAAUCAUGACAUUAGAUUUUCCUUCAGGGAUAACGUCAGUGAAACUGAAUCAUUUGGAGUCGAUUGUUUGGUUUUUAAUUACUUUUAAUUUUACAGCAUGCAGACUUAUGGAGACUUAUCUUUCUGGAUUAGUGUCAAAGUAAUUUAUUGAUAAUGUAUAAAAAGUACAACCAUUCAUAAGUCAGUCUUUUUGGUUUGAUUUUAGCAAUUGUCUGUCUUCAGUCUGUGCUGAAUUACAUAUUUUGGAGUGGGAAAAAUUAAACAUUAAAAUUGACGGAGGGUUAAAAGCCAUGGUUUUGCUUGCAUUUUGUACUCUUUUUCAGUUGGCUCAUGACUCCAAGAAUGUGCAUCUGCACAGGAUUGGACCUGAUGAUAUUGUUAAAGGUCAAGUAGUCUGCUGACUGUCUUAUGAAGAACUGAGAAAGGUGUUGGCUGUUUCUGUAAAACUGGUGCAGCAUAAAUUGUCACAUAACAGUGAAGGAAGAAAAAAAUCUUCAGUUAGCUCCACAAACUAAUUAGCCAUAUUCCACAUGAUCACCUAAUUGGCAUAUACUUGUUUGCUUUUUAUUGUUUUGAAUAGUGUUUUUUUUUAACUGAAAGCUGAUUUUUAUUUGGGAGCUCAACUCUUUAAGCAUUCCAAGAGCUUAUAUCAAAAUGUUGAUAUAAUGUUGAAACAUUAGCAGUUUAAACAUUAUUAUUAUUGAAUGCAAAGAUUCAGCUAACACAAAAAAAACAUGUUUUGUUUAUUUGUCAAAACGAUUCAGUUUUAAUAUUUAAGAUGAAAAUACUUAAUUUUUCUCAAUGUUUUUCUUUAUAAUGUACAGUUUAGACUAGUAGUACCUUUAGAAUUAUAGCUUCCAUAAAUUGUUCAAAUAAAUAUUUAUUUUUGAUAUACAAAUCAAAUGUUUGGCAGUUGCAGAGUAGGAUGAUUGUUAGGAAUGGAAAGUUGUGAUACCAUAUAUUUACUUAAAAAUAACAAUUUUUUCGCUUAAUUUGAUAUUUCAUGCUUGUUUCUUGUUUUUUUUAUUGCCUAAUUGGGAGCCAUUAGUACAAUAUUCUCAGUAAAUAUAUUAUGUCAUUCUAGUUAAGUAUAAAAGGAAUAAUCAUUUGGUGUCUGCUUAGAUGUGAACAUAGACCCAUAUUGUGCCUGAGAUAUGGAAGACUGCUUUUAAAUUAAAAGCUUAUAGUUUUUCUGAUCAACCUUUGGUAGGAAAAAGAAAGAUUUUACUUUGUGCGUUACUGUCCACCUAAAAAGUAAUUGAAAUACUGUUAUUCCACUUCAAGGUUUAAUCGUUUGGUAUUUGAUUUCUAAUUUGUACCAGUUUGGAAAGGAAUGUUGUUAUACAGAAGAUUGGUCAACACCUAGUUGGAUUUCAUUUAUGCAUUGUCAUUUUGACACUUACAGUACUAAAUCUUAUCAAUAAAUUGUCAUGUUGUACUGGGAAGUGUCUUGAACCUAUAUAUAUUCCAAUGUAAUAACUGUUAAUUGACUGGCAUAUAUUACUGAUAGAUAGGAUAUUGUUUCCCAAACCAAUUGUCUAAAGGUUUCAGUUUCACUGAUCAAAAGCUGUUCUGAAAACAUUUAUGACCAUUUUAGAUUUUCUUUGCAGUAUUUAUUUUGACAUUUAUGCUACAUAGUAUAGUAUUUAAAAUGAACUGGAGCAAACACAGUCAUUAUCCCUUGGUAAAGCACAACAAAAAAUCUGUUGUACAACAAAGUCACUUUGUAAGAAAAAUAUUGAAAUGUUUUAAGCAUUUCUUUUGUGGUUCAUAAUAGUACUGGGGCUAUUGAAUUGGUUUUAUAUCUUACAUUUAAAGUUACAAAAUAAAAGUCUUAAUAUAAUGAGGUUUCAAUCAUGCUUUUAAACUUCUAUGCUGCAGGCUUUUGCCGUUUCCUCUUUAAGGAACAGUAGUUUUUUUUUAAAUGUUUUAUAACUGUACAUUUGAACUUUCACAGAUGAAGUUGGGACAGUAUCCUCUGCUUUAUACACUUCCCAAUACAGUUUGUGCUCUUAAUGUGCAGUACAAUGAUGUAAGAUCUGUACAUUGUAAUAAAUGAUUAUUUGUGAUAAAA